UCAGCUGUUCGCUUCGCAUCACGCAAAAUCAUCAAAACAAACGACGACUACGUCUGUGUUUUGCUUCCGCAGUUUCUAAACACUUCCCCCGAGUUUUGGAGUGUUUCCGCGUUCGUGGUUCUCCGUAACAGAAAUCCGCCGCUAAUUCCGUCGCGUUCCGUCGAAAAUGUUGAACGAAGAAGUCGACGACACCGAGUUUUUCCAGCAGGAUUUUACGACCGCCUCGGAUUGGGAGAUUUUCAACGCUCGGCUGGAGGAGAUCUUCCACGAGUGGAAGCUGAGCUAUGGCCAGGGCUCGAUUGGGGGCCGGUUGGGCCGGAACGAGCUAUCCAGCUGCGAGUGGGUCGUGGUGAAGGAAAAGAUUCAGUUUGCCGACUGCGAGCUCGAUGUGGUCCGGUACAGGGCGGAUGUUUUGGUGGGGGAAGCGGGAGAGGUCGAUCGGGAGUCUGCCGAGUGCCAGGCGUUUGUGGAUCUGAUGGCGAAUGAGAACGAUUAUUGUGUGGUGGAGUCUGGGGCGGGAGUUGGGACCGGAUUGCAUCCGGUGGCCCAGUGGUACGGGCUGCGGGAGUUUGUUGUCGUGGUUCCGGUCAAGAGUUCGAUUAACAACGAGAGUCAGAUUCGGAUCUUGAUGAGUUCGAUUCACAUUGCCGUGGCGGAGAGUGGUUGUGACGUUCCUGUGUUUGUGCAGGUGCUAGACAAGGUUCAGAAUGUGUUUUUGGGCGUUUGCGAGUUUCGUUCGAUUCGGCUUUCGUUCGACAUUGUCCAUCUGCACAUCACUCCGCCCACGUGCAAGUACUUGAGCGGGUUGUUGGAGGUCUUCAAAGGAAAAAUUGGCGUCCCGUACAUGGAUCCGGUGGCCGUGUCCGUUCGUUUCACCUACAGUCUCAACAAGUUUCUGAGUUCCGCCUUUUUGACCUCGAAAACCAUCCCAUUUUUGGACAGCGAAGAAGACUCCAUCGGCGAAAACUUUUCUCUGCCCUUUGGCGUUGCAGUAGAUCCCGUAUCUGAACUCAUCCUGCACGCAACUUGGCCCCACGUCGCAGAUAACGUCGUAAUCGAUUCGCAAACCUAUUCCGACUUUGAUCCGCUUACCGCUCCCAACUGGAGUCUCCGCGCUCGUUUCGAGGACUCGCCGGUCUGCUACAUGUCCGACUGUAUCCAGGAGUUUCUCCAGAUCACCGAUUCACGCCGCGCCAUCACCGAGUACUUCCCGGAGCUGGCCUACGGCGCCACCCAGAACAUCGAAGGCACCAAAGCACUGGAACGACUAACCGAGUCCAAAAUCCCAACCCUUUCCUCGGUUAUCCCGGGAAUAGCCGGAUCCACCUCCAAGCCAGACACCCCCAAGCUGGACGGCCCCCUAAAAGACAACCUGCUCAAAGAGAUGCUCUACUAUCUGUUCCCGGACGCCGAGCAGACUGCCUUGCACGCGUACAAUCUGCCCUCGCCCGGGCAGGUUGAGUUUGAUCCGUUGCGGAUCAAGUCGGCGGCGGCACCGGACUCACUGGUGCAUCGGCUGGCGACGCUGCUGGCCGUGUGCAACACGUACUACGGCGGAAAGAGAGCGGUGGCCCAGCUGUGGGCGGAGUUUGCGCAGGAGAUGCGCUACCGAGUGGAGCGAUGCAUUCAGAUACCGGGAAUCGCGGCUGGCUUUCCGGACUCGAGAACGUGUUUGCUCCACCAGAAGCUGCAGAUGCUCAACAUUUGUAUGGAGAGGCGCCGCAUCCGGGAGGGUGGAUUGCCCUUCACCAUGCCGGCCGGGAUGGUGCCGGGAAAGGAGGGUGGAGCCCGCGAAGGGAGCCACGAGUCCGAGGAUGAGUUCUUUGACUGCUCGGAUGAGGACGAUGAAGACUCCAAGAAGCGCCACUCAUCCCUGAGCCAACCCGUUGGACGUCUCUCUCGCCUAGGCAAAAUGCUCCUGGUCGACUCGGACGAGCCACUCUACAUUCCAAUCACGCAAGAACCGGUACCCAAAACCGAAGAUCAGCUGGAGGACGACGCCGAAGUGAUGCUGAAGCUCGGUCCGGGCAGCGAACUGUGCACGCAGAUGAUGAGCGCCUCGCUGCUGUCCGACAUGGAGAGCUUCAAGGCGGCCAAUCCGGCCGGCAAGUUGGAGGACUUUAUCCGUUGGUACAGCCCGCGGGAUUGGAUCGAGGAGGACGCCGAUGAGCGGGACCCGUUCGGGAGGAAGGGUCAUUUGAGCUCGCGGAUGUUGAUCCCGGGCAAUACUUGGCAAACGGUUUGGGAAAAUGCGAGGGCGGUUCCGGCCCGUCGCCAGAAGCGACUGUUUGACGAUGCCAAGGAAGCGGAAAAGGUGUUGCAUUUCUUAGAGUCGCGAUCGAUCGGGCAGAUUGCCCAGCUUACAACGGCCGCGUUGUUCCACACAGCGAUUAAAACUCUCUCAACUGAAGCCGCCAUCGAUGGGAAGGCGAUCCCUGCUUUCACCGAAAGCAUGGAGAAAAUCACAUCCACCUGUUGCAAGCUUUCCCGUGAAAAUUGGAUCACGAAAGCUCCCACCCCGCGGGGAAACUCACUUCGAAAGUACGAAGCUCUCCUCGCGGAUAUCACCCAGCUCGAAACGGUCAUUAUCCAAGUGCGAAGCUUACGCAAGAAACUUUUCAACGACGACGACGACGGCGAUGCCGACGAGGGGCAGAGAGAAGUGCUCACCAAGCUGCUGCGAGCUUUCGAGAGCGAACUGGCGGACGGAGCGAAAAGCUCGAUGGCAAAGCGCGUGCUGGAAAUGUUCACCGAAGCGAAGAAGGCGGCGAACGAGCAGACCGGCGAGCAGGCCGUUACACUGUCGCUGCCGGAUCCGGCGGAAAAGCAGUUUACGCUGAGACUGUGUGGAAAGACGGUUAACAAGGGGGCUGGUUCGCCGCAGUUUAUGAGAGCAAUUUUGACGCACAACGAGUUCAGACUUUGUGGAGCAUUUAGCCAGAAUACAACAUUUUACUAAAUUGUGUUUUCGAAAUUUACUUGAACAUUUUAAACAUUGACUUAUUAUCUACAUCACAAAUAUAUCAAUUACUAAAUCGG